UUUCCGCGGCCCGAGGUACUCGGCGCCGCCUUGCAAGAAGAAGCGGGAACGCGAUGGAACCGGCCUGGCUCUUGAUGGAGGCGGCGAACUGGAGCACGAUCGCGGCGUGCUUGGUGCUCAAGCUGCCCCAGGGAGCCGCCUUGCUGGCCGCCAGAUCCGCCCGAGGAGUCAGCCUGGAAAGUUUAGUGUUGGAGCUCGGCGGUUUCCUUGUUUGCCUGAGAUACAUGAGCUACUACCGUUAUUCUCAGCUAACAUAUAUAGAGUAUCCCAUCAUGAUUGUGCAAGAUAUCAUCCUUUGCCUGCUUGUUCUGCAUUAUAAUGGCAAAAUGAAGCAUGCUUUGCCUUACACAGUCAUAUUUGUGGCAGGAUGGUAUGCUAUAACUCUGCAGGAAUGGAUAUUGGACUUGAGUAUGAACUUGAGCACAGUGGUCAGUGCAGCAAGUAAACUUGCUCAGCUCCGGUGUCUUUGGCAGACUAAAGAUUCUGAACAACUGAGUGCCACAACUUGGGGAUUAGCCACAUACACCUGUGCAGCAAGAAUCUUUACAACAUUAAUGACGACAAAGGAUUCUACAGUUCUGAUCCGUUUCGUAAUCAUGAUGGCUCUUAAUAUUUGGGUCAUAGCUACUAUAUUGGAAUACCGGAAGGCUAAGAAGCAUGACUAAGAUGGAGAUCCUGCCUAUUUUAAAUGACAUGGACUAAAAUGAAAACAGAACCAGUGCUGAAAUGUCAGCUUGUUUCAACAAACCGACAAACAUUCCAUUAAAUGGGAGGUGAUGUUUACGUAUUACAGAUAC